UGUAAAGUUGUCUUCGGAAAGGUGUUUGCUUGAGAAAAUAAGAUUCGUUAAAGACAUGGACGGCGCUCAAACGGAACUACUGCAUCGUGAUGCGGCAUUCUGCAAUGCUCCAAAGUGAGAACAUUUCGUUGAUGAAGAAGAGUUGACGACUCGAGAUCAUUGCACGCUGCCAACCAAUCAGCACGCGCCCCUUCUUCGCACGUCACGACUCCGCUGACCAGUGAGCGCGCGCUCUGGGCUACAUAAGCCGCCUUCUCCUCCCCGCCUGUGAGAAUCUUUGCCCUCACCAAGCCAUGGCUCGCACCAAGCAGACGGCUCGCAAGUCCACGGGCGGCAAGGCCCCCCGCAAGCAACUCGCCACCAAGGCGGCCCGAAAGAGCGCUCCGGCCACGGGCGGCGUCAAGAAGCCUCACCGCUACAGGCCCGGCACCGUCGCUCUGCGCGAGAUCCGCCGCUACCAGAAGUCCACCGAGCUGCUCAUCCGCAAACUGCCCUUCCAGCGCCUCGUCAGGGAGAUCGCGCAGGACUUCAAGACCGACCUGCGCUUCCAGAGCUCCGCUGUCAUGGCUCUGCAGGAGGCCAGCGAAGCGUACCUUGUCGCGCUCUUCGAGGACACCAACCUGUGCGCCAUCCACGCCAAGCGCGUCACCAUCAUGCCCAAGGACAUUCAGCUCGCCCGCCGCAUUCGUGGCGAGCGCGCUUGA